AUGGAUGCGUUCUUCGUGUCUGUGGCACAGCGUAAGGAGAGCGCAGAGCAGAAGCGACAGGCGGCUGCCGUGGUAUCCGGUUUGCAUGGUUAUAGCGAGGUCUGUUCCGCGAAUUAUGCUGCGCGAGGGCUCGGCGUGCGAGCGUUCUACGUAAGGCAAGCGCGAGAGAUUUGUCCGUCUCUGCGGUUGAUUGCGGUAACGCCUGAACUCCUUGCGGACGUGGAAAACGUUUGGAAAGAAGUGUAUUUGAUUUAA